AUGAAGUCAAAUUCCAGUAAGAUUAUCAUGAGGGGAAAGGUAUAUGACAUGAUCCUACAGACCAGAGGGUAUUUAUUACAGGAGCUAGAUCCUGAAGAUAUACUGAAACAUUUGAGUGAACAAGGUGCUAUAUCAGAACGAACUGAAGUAGAAAUACGAAAAUGUCGAAGUAAGGAUGCAAUGUGUGAGAUCUUAUUGGAUGUUGUAAUGAGUAAAGGACAUAAGGAGUUUACGAUAUUCUGUGAUUGUUUACGUCAAGUUGGUGGCCUGGGCCACUUGGCGGAUUUAUUGGAGGUGUUAGAUACUCUAAUAGAAACUGUAACUGAGACCCAUCAUGGGUUCCGCAGAGGGAUUACCCCAUCAUAUAUUGAGUCAAAGUGUCACCUAUGUGUGGCAGAAGCAGAUGAGGAAGACUCUGGAAGUAACACUCCCAACUUUGAUAUAGACAUCAGUUACUAUGACAACGAGGGUCAAACAAUGAGGUCAGUAAAGGAAAUUGCCAAACUGAAACAACAAGAGAGAUACAAACUCGCAAGUACUGUAAAAAGCUUAAGUGUGGAGCAGUUGAACAGAUUCAUCCCAGUUAUAUCUGUGAGUUUCUACAACCAGUGUCUAAACAAUGAAGGACUUACAACUUUAGCUGAUUUACUCUCAAAAUAUAACUGCAUUCGUGAGUUGAGCAUUGUAAAGAAUCAUAUUGGUGAGGAUGGCAUGGACCAGUUGGGGAAGGCCUUACAAAAGAACCAUGGCCUAACCAAGCUUGAUAUAAGGCUGAAUACAAUUGGUGAUGAAGGUGCCACUAGCCUACAGAAAGCACUAAAUGAAAACCGCACAUUAAAGAUAUUGAAUGUGACAAGCACUGGACUAUCUGGCUUAGGAUGUAACAAACUUGUACAGGGCUUACAUAAAUCUACAUGUUUAUCCGAACUGGAUGUGGGAUUUAAUGACCUACGAAAUGAAGGCUGCAAAACAUUUGCUGUUGUCUUAGCCAAUAACUGUUCUCUGAGGAACUUACGCAUGAGGGAUAAUAAUAUUGGAAAAGACGGAGCUAUCCUCAUAUUCCAAUCUCUACGCAAGAAUUCCCGACUUACAGCUCUGGAUAUGAGCAGUAAUAAACUAGGAGAUGAGAGUGUGAAAUGCUUAUCAGAGGUGCUGUUGGUAAAUAGGGGGCUACGGGAACUUAAUCUUGAAAAUUGUGCAAUUUCCAGUGGGGGUUGUCCAGUUCUUUCAAGAGCUCUGAAAACUAACACAGCUCUACGGAUUCUAGACCUCAGUAUGAACCAGCUGUGUGACUCUGGAGCCACUGCAUUGUCAGAUGGACUUAAGUACAAUAAAACAUUGACAACACUUAGUAUGAAUAUGUGCAGUAUAGGGAACAUAGGCUUCAUCCCCUUAUUGGAUAGCUUAAUGUUCAACAUAACGCUUGUGACACUGAAGCUAUGUUAUAACCACAUCGGAGAGAUCCCCCUCCAGCCACCUCCUGCUGGGAAACAGAGACACAGACAUGUACCAGUUAUGGGCACCCAGGACAUACACGUAAGGAGCAAUGAAUUGAGGUUACCCCCAGAUAGAUUAGAUAAGCCAUUGUUAAAUCUGCAAGAGAAGUAUGCAGAACUUCUUAGCUGUAAUCCGGAAUUGAAGAUUCUGCUCUGGGGGAACAAGCUGGAGGACCACUGGAAGGGAGGGAUACCAGAGACCCCUAAAUCAAUUGCUUCCUGUAACUUUUAAUAUAUUAUAUACUUCAUGGGAAAACAGAAAACCGGAUGAAAAAUUUCCCAUGUAAUUUUCUUUUCUUUACCCAAAGGGAAAAUAACAUGGGAAAAUUUUAUUUCCACAUUCCAGUUUUUCUAUUUUGAAAAUAUAUGAAUAGAUAUAUAAAACUUCCCAUAUACUUACUGGGAGGAAUUGAAUAUGAGUUUUGUGCAGAUUGGUAAUAUGUUAUUCACUAGGAACAGAGGAGAUUGAGGGAAAUAUCAUAUUGACCAAGGUAUAAAACCUAUAUAGAAUUCCUGAUCAGGAUAUAACUGUUUUAUACCAUGAUAUUGAAUGAUUGAGCGCUGAUUUAAAUAUCACAUGAUUAUCUAC